AUGUUUAUUGCUUUUUGGAACUUUUUUAAUGGCUAAGACAAUAGCAAUGAAAAUCAAUCUACAUCAUCUUAAUCCUCAGAUAGCUCAGAUAGGAAGAGGGAGAAUCAGCGUUUAAAUUCUUCGAGUAAUAAUCAAAUUUAAGAGAAAGAUGGAUAGCUUUCAUUUCAUGCAUUUGAUAAUAAAUUGAACGGAUCAAAGGCUGAAUAAAAUCUUUAUGACAAUAAUAAAUUGCACAAUGGAAAUUAUUAAGAGAGGAAAAUAAGUUCUUAUAGAUUUAAUUCUACCACUACUGAUAAGCCUUAAAAUGAGCCUUAAAUAAAUAACGAUAUUUAAAUGUAGUAGGAAAAUUUGUAGGACAAGUUUGAAAAGCAAGAAGAUAUACAUCAAAACUAUGAAUAAAUGCCUUUAGAUUUUCAAAUCAUCGGUUAAUACAAAGUCAUUUUGGGAGGUUGGCUUGAGGUUUCUGUCAAUAUGGGAGAUAUCACUGAGGAAAAGGUUGACGCUAUUACAAAUGCAGCUAAUGAGAAAUUGUUGCAUGGAGGUGGAGUUGCUGCUGCAAUAAUAAAAAAAGGUGGUCAUUAAAUUCAGAUUGAAUCAGACAGUUGGAAGGAGAGAUAUGGAUUGGUGCAAGUAGGGACAGCUCCUGUGGUUACUGGAUCUGGGAAUAUAAAGAAUUGUAAAUAAAUCAUUCAUGCAGUAGGUCCAAGAUGGACGAAUGACACAUGCAGAACAGCAUGUAAAUACAAUUUAAAGUCAGUUUCUAUUCCAGCAAUUUCUUCAGGAAUAUUUAGGUUCCCUAGAAAAUUAUGUGCUGCUCAUUUAUUCAGAGCUGUUGAAGAUUUUUGCUUUGAAAAUAGGCUAGAAAUCUAAGUAGACUCUAAUCCUAGUUUAAGAGUUAUAAGGUUUACUAAUUUUGAUUUACCCACAAAAUUUAAUGAUAAAGAAAGAAAAUAUGAAGCAAAAAUACAUCAGAGAGAAAUUCAUGAUUAAGAGACUUAAACUCUUUUAUCUUAUGAUGAAGUUGAAAUGAGGAUUGGAAACUAGAUUAGGGAUAAAAUUAAGAAAGAAUUAGUAGCUGAAUAUGCAUUGAGAUAUAAAGAACUUGUAAAGAAAUGGGAGAAUGAGAGAAGAGAGCUCUUGGAUAGGGAUUAAAACAGUUAGCAAUAUUAGCAUCAUGCUUAGCAGCAUAACAGUCACAAUAGAUUUGAUCCUAUUUUGAACAAAAAUGGCAACUUAAACAUUCUCAAAGUAACCUUAAUAAUGUAUAAGGAAGGAGAUAUAACUGAGACUGGGAAAUGA